AGUUUUUUUUUCUGUACCAAAAAGUUGACUGUUUGAAAGGCACGUAGCAGUUACAUUGUAGACGUUUACGUCUUUACAAGACAAUAGUGUUUAUGAAUUCAUUGUUGUGGUAAAUGCUAGCUUGAUAUAAGCUAACAUUAGCCUAGCUUGUGUUGCGGUUUGUGUCAGGACUGCUGUGGUACCUUCAACAGCUUUGCCACCUCUUUUGGUCUCUGCAGCACAAUGAGGCUGACAGCUCUCCUGUCGAUGGCAGCCCGGGUUGUGGUGCCUAAAGACUACCGCUACGGCACUAACAGACCGUGGACCGCGGCUGCUAAAAGGCUGAACCCACCUGGGAAGAAGAGGAGAAAGGUGUUCGUGGAGCCUGUGGAGCCGGAGGACUGGCCUGUGCUCAGAGGAGAUACGGUUGAGAUUCUUGCGGGAAAGGACAAAGGAAAGCAAGGAAAAAUUAUUCAAGUCUUCAGACGAAGGAACUGGGUUAUUCUGGAAGGACUAAACACACACCACAGGUAUGUAGGAAAAGCCCCAGAUUACCGUGGGACCUACAUUGCCAGUGAGGCUCCUUUGCUGCUGCGCAAUGUGGCACUCAUCGACCCGUCGGACAGGAAGCCCACUGAGAUCACGUGGAAGUACACAGAGGAGGGUGAGAGAGUUCGAGUUUCACUCCGGACGGGUCGAAUCAUCCCAAAACCUGUCGUGGAGCGGCGGGAUGGCAUUGUACCGCAGCAGUGGAAAGAUGGGCCUAAAGAUACCAGUCCAGAAGACACACUAGAAAAGACCUAUGUUCCAUCUCUGAAGACCCUGGAAGAGGAAGUCAUGGAGAAACUUGGUAUCCAGGAGAACAGGAGGCACAGGAGGUCUUAUUGGUACUGAUCACAGACAGUCGGGCUCCCAUUGGGCUGUCCGAUCAUCACAGGGACCCUGAACAUAUCAGCUUCUGGUGGGAGUUGCAGAUAAAGUUACAUACAAAACUAUCUGAAGAUGCCAGGAUGAUGAAUGGACUUUAAGAUAUUGUUGCAAUAUACAAAAAAGACUCACCAUUAUAAAUGGGCAAUAUACAUCAUAAAUGUAUUGCACUUGUCUUUCUUUAAAACAUUGUGAAUAAAUGUCAAACUGUAAUUUCCAUUCAUUUUACAAUGGAGAAAUACAAGCCAUAAGGGCCCGGUAAUAGAGACCACUCGACUGUUGUUCAGCAGAUGAAAGUUUCACCGAGGGUUUUUUAUUUAAAUUUAUUUUAGCGUUUUUUUUUUCACACUCAGAGUUGAUCCUUGGGGCAAUUUAGAGAAUCAAUUUAACCUAACAUCCUUUUCCACACAGAAAGGUCCCGAUUCCCCCGGGAACUCAGGCUGGGAGGUGAAAUCACUUGUUAAAGUACUUAAAGAAAUGUCAGUUUCAUCUUCAGCCAAAUUCAUGCUGAUUUUGCUCAAUUACAUCUCACAUUUUGUCUGACCUCAGAGUCAGACAGCUUACGGAGCAUUAAUCCAACAACCGGCACUGUUGCUGGCUUGGGAAGAGCAGCAGUUACUGCUGGUUCACACAGGGCUUCCUACAGUGAGUCUGCGUGAGGGAAAAAAAGUGACACAGGUCUGGUAUUGGCCGAAUUUCUAAUGGAAAUGGUUUCAGCUUGUUCAGAGCGUUCAUAAAGCAGAAAAAAAGACAGCGUUAUUUUAACAAAGUCCAGACAUGCAGCGCUCCAAAACGCAAAGCAUUUUAGACAAAUGAGUCUGUCUUUCCAAAGUGUCUGGGAAACCAUGUGGAGACGGCAGUGGUUUGGGAGGGGGCUCCACAGCCUGGAGAGUUUCAACAAAGGCCUCUCUCACCUCGUUUGACUCUUUGCUGGCUGGCAGCGCUGCUCGUACCUGCGCUGUGUGAAAGUCUGUCAGGUCUCAAGUAUGACCUCACCCGCUAAUUUGUCAUCCUCUAUGGAAAACUAAAAGCCGACCGACGUUAUUAAACCCACGGCUAUACAUACUUUUGUAUCAUUUUGUGGGCGAAAUUAUGAACGAUGCAUUUCCAGCGUAUUUUAAACACACCCCUCCUUCCUCGAUGUACAGAACUCUGAGACAGCCUCUGAUAAUAAGUUACCGUGUCAACAUGUUCAUAAGAUACACAUGUAUAAUUGGUCAGAUCAGCCAUCAUCACCACAGCUGAGAAUUUCCAUUUUCAGUCAGGAUGAUUGAGGAGUGCAUUUUACCAGGUCAUUAUUCCCUUAAUUUAGACAGUGAUCCAUAUACCGAUGCAGUCUGAAAUUCCCUAGAAUCACAAAGCUGUUUCAGGAAAGCGCCCCAGGACUCGGCUGUACUGUGCUUAAGAGUAUGACACAACAUUCUGAUGAAUAUAGAAUCAUUCUGGUGCUUCUACCAUGACCAUUUUGCUUCCUCUUUUUGGUCCUGACACCCACAGCUGAAUGACUUUAUCAUUAGAAGUGCUACACAGAGCAAACCAUAAACAGGGAAAAUCCCCAAGAAAAGUGAUGCAUUUUUACAAUUCUACAUCAUCAAUUUCAAGGAAACAAUCUGAUCUUUAGCAUAAUUGGAAACAUCCAUCUAUUUUCUGAACCAGUUAUUCCCAAAUGGGGUCACUGUGGAACUGGAGCCUAACCCAGUAUUCAAUGGGCGAGAGGCCGUCAGUCGCAGGGCUACACAGAGACACACAACCACUCACUCCUAAAGGCAAUUAGGAAUGGUUAAUCAGCAUAACAUGCAGUUUUUUGGGCAGAGGGAGAAGGCCGGAGAACCCAGAGAGAACCCACGCAGACACAGGGACAACAUGCAAACUCCACACAGAAAGGUCCUGGUUCCCCCGAGGACUCGGACCCAGAACCCUCUCGCUGUGAGGCGAUGGUGCCAACCACCACACCACCGUGGCGCCCAUUGGAAACCUCACGUGGGUUUUUCCCACCUGAGUAAUGAUCCAUUUCAGAUGUACAGGUUGCUUUGGAUUGGAGUUGUGCCCUCUGGCUAGCACAACACAACAGUUUACUCAUUGGUUCAGCUGUGUCAUAAAAUCU